CAGAUCAUGUCCAACAAGAAGCCAGAGCUAAUUGAGAUGUUACUGAUCACCACCAACCCAUAUGACUAUCAGUACGUGAGUCAAGGUGAGAUCACUGUUCCCAGCAUUAACGACCAGGAAGAGCUGAUGGCCACAGAUAGUGCCAUUGACAUCUUGGGCUUCAGUGCUGAUGAGAAAACAGCCAUCUACAAGCUGACAGGGGCUGUCAUGCACUACGGGAACCUGAAGUUCAAGCAGAAGCAGCGUGAGGAGCAGGCAGAGCCUGAUGGCACUGAAGGUACCAGCACAACAUAUACCAAAGCACUGUAGACACUAGACACUCAU